AUGAAAUUCAUUUCAACAUCAACAGCACUCAUAGCUUUCUUUGCUCUUUUGAGUCCAGCAGCGGCGGCAGAACCAAGCCCAACAACAAUCCCAACAAAUGCAAAUGUUAAUAGUAUCUUAUCAGCUUAUAGUAUCACUACUCCAACUAGUUUACCAACUAACGUAGCUAGUAUUCUCAGUAGUCUCAGCAAACAACUGUCGACAUUGCCGACGGGGAUGCCGACGGGGAUUCCGACGGGGAUUCCGCCCGAAGCUAGUGCCGCGCUUCAGUCCUAUAUUUCUCUGAUCCCGAGUAGUUAUCUUUCUCUGAUUCCGAGUGGUGUUCUUCCAACUGAUAAUCCUUCAGCAAACAAACCAUCCGGAAAUAGUUCUCCAACAACAUCUGGCUUGUCGUCAAACAACGGUGCACAAUCGUUUAGUCAAAAUAAUAAUGGAAAAGUUUUCGUUGGAGGAGUCUUUGCCAUUUUAGGAUACCUGCUCGCUUAA